UUCAAGGAAAGUAUAUUUAAUUCUUGUGAUAUCCUCCUAUAUAAACCCCUUGCCAUUGUAUAGAUAAAAAAAAUGUCUCAAUUGUAAAACGUAUCGAUCCCCAAUGUCUACUGAAGGAGAUUGUACAAACAUGGAGGAAGUAGAGAUAAAAAAGUGGAAGGAGACAAUGAACAAGAAGAGCCUCAAAGAAAGAACGACAUCAAUGGCUAACUCACUCACUAUUGAGGCUGGAAUAGUUUCCAACAUCACUAAUCACUCUUCAAAGUUGGGUUGGAUGGCUACUCUUGCUUUGACAUUUCAAAGUUUGGGAGUUGUAUAUGGUGAUAUUGGAACAUCUCCACUUUAUGUUCUUGCAAGCACCUUUCCAAAGGGUAUUGAUCACACUGAUGACAUUCUUGGGGUCUUAUCUCUCAUAUAUUACACCAUUUUGGCACUCCCAUUGCUCAAAUAUGUCUUUAUUGUACUUAAGGCUAACGACAAUGGCAAUGGUGGGGCAUUUGCACUAUAUUCAUUGCUAUGUAGGCAUGCCAAUGUGAGUUUGAUUCCAAAUCAACAACCAGAGGACAUGGAGCUUUCUAACUACAAAUUAGAAACACCAUCUAGCAACCAACAAUUGAAGAAGAAGCUUGAAAAUAGUCAUUUUGCACGUGUUCUUCUUUUAUUUAUGACUAUAUUGGGAACUACCAUGGUUAUAGGUGAUGGGGUUUUCACUCCACCAAUGUCAGUUAUUUCAGCAGUAAACGGAAUCAGUUCUAAAUUGGGUCAAGAUUAUGUUGUGAGUAUCACUAUAGCAAUAUUGGUGAUCCUUUUUUGUGCACAAAGAUUUGGUACUAGCAAAGUAGGAUUUUCAUUUGCUCCAAUUUUAACCAUAUGGUUUAUAUUAAUUGGAGCAACUGGUAUUUACAACGUGUUCAAAUAUGAUGUCAGAGUAUUACUUGCUAUCAAUCCAAAAUAUAUUGUUGAUUACUUCCAACGCAAUGGAAAAAAUGCGUGGAUGUCAUUAGGUGGAGUAUUUUUAUGCAUCUCAGGUUGUGAGGCCAUGUUUGCUGACUUGGGUCACUUCAACGUUCGAGCCAUCCAAAUGAGCUUCUCUUUUAUUACACUUCCAGCAAUAUUGGCAGCAUAUAGUGGACAAGCAGCAUAUCUUAGAAAGUUUCCCCACACUGUGUCAAAUAUUUUCUAUGAAUGCAUACCCGGUCCUUUGUAUUGGCCAACAUUUGUUGUUGCGGUUGUUGCUUCCAUCAUAGCUAGCCAAGCAAUAGUUUCCGCAGCAUUUUCCAUUAUAUCUCAAGCUUUAAGUAUGGGUUGUUUCCCAAGGGUUAAGGUUGUGCACACUUCUACCAAACAUCAAGGCCAAGUUUAUAUUCCUGAAAUCAAUUAUAUGCUUAUGGUUGCAUGUAUUGUGGUUACUGCUCUCUUUAGAAGCUCGGAAAAACUGAGCAACGCAUAUGGGGUUGCAAUAGUUUGUGAUAUGGUCAUCACAACAUUCUUGGUUUCCGUUGUAAUGUUGAUUGUAUGGAAGAAAAGCAUAUGGAAAGUAUCUCUCUUUUGUAUACCAUUUGGUUGCAUUGAGUUAGUUUAUUUAUCGGCACAAAUGGUAAAGUUCAAAGAAGGUGGUUUUCUUCCUUUAGUAUCUGCAGUCAUCUUCACUGUGGUAAUGGCAAUAUGGUUUUAUGCACAAAAAGAAAGGUACAUGUUUGAACUCAAGAAUAAAGUCUCUUCCGAGUAUUUGUUAAAAUUGGUGAAUGAUCUAAACACAAAUCGCAUGCCUGGAAUUGGAGUUUUGUAUUGUGAGCUAGUACAAGGAAUUCCUCCAAUAUUCCUUCACUUCAUUGCCAACAUACCAACUAUUCAUUCAGUUGUUGUAUUUGUUUCCAUUAAGGCAAUUCCAAUUACUAGUGUUGCAUUGGAAGAGAAGUUUCUAUUUCAACAUGUGGAGCCAAGAGAAUGGAAAAUAUUUCGUUGCAUUGUAAGGCAUGGUUACAACGAUGUAAUUGGAGAUUCUAUGGAGUUUGAGUCUCAAUUGGUGCAACAUCUAAAGGAAUUUAUUACACAAGAAAGUAAGUAUAUGUUUGAUCUUGAAAAAACAACAAAAUGUGAAGAAGAUGGUGAUGAUGAAGAAAAAUCUAUAUCUUUGUCAUGUGCAUCUUUGAAUUCAAUUCAAUCACUGGAUAUGGUUGAAGGAAUUGAAAAUGAGAUAAAGGUUAUAGAUAAGGCAUUGGAAAAAGGUGUAGUGUAUAUGCUAGGGGAAACAGAGGUAGUGGCAGAUCCAAAAUCAUCAUUCUUAAAUAAGAUUGUUGUCAGCGCAUAUAACUUUUUAGGAAGGAACUUUCAACAAAGAGAUGAGUUGAUGGCUAUCCCUCGCAAGAAGCUUAUAAAGGUUGGAAUGACAUAUGAAAUAUGAUGCUCAGGAAAUUAAGAUAUAUAUGAAACUGGUAUUUUAUUAAAGAAAUAAUUAGAGUUGUACUUUACAUUUUGUUUACUUGUCGUUAAGCUUAUUUUAAUAUGUAAACUUUGUUUUUUGUUUCUCAUUUUCACAAACACAAUGAACCUCUAUAUUUGACUAUGUAUAUCCGGUUGCCUCUUGUUGGUUU